AGCCUUGGAUAAAUCCCCAGACUGAACGCUUGAUCUUGUAUCGCUGCUUAGUUCUAGGCUUACCCUCCCUUAAUUGCGUAAAUCUAUCAGCUUAGUAGCGGCAUGUUGCAUGGCUCUCAAUCAGAAACUCAGGCCGGUUUUCGCUGGUCAUCGAGACUCGAUUGCAAUUUGAAGGUACAUCCUGUCUAAAGCGAAAUCCUGGCUGGAACAAACGUCUUCCUGCCUCAGUGUCUAUAGUUUAAAGGAGGCCAGGGAUUCGACAGGGGAACGCACCUGGGUAACUCGUUUCGGAGGCCAGCAUAGUGAUCUCAUAGUUGGCGCUGGCUCUCACCUUAGGCCACGGACGAGAUUUUCAAAGGGUUUAUCUUCUCGAUCGUUUUUGAGAUACCACCCUCGGUGUGCCAUGGACAGAGAUAAUGACAAUUACCACUUAAAGGGCGGCAUACUGCCCAAUGCUCACCCGGAAGCCGCGCCUCACCAAGGAGAACAUUACACUGUGCCACAUCCACCGCGGGAAGACCACAUAAACAAACCAAAGUCUAAAUCUUUCUCCGAUGCAGGAUGGCGUGGAACACCAGAGAUUCCGAGUAGAGAGGGAGGAGAUGAGGAGAAGGAUUUCAUGAGCAAGCCUCCGUAUUGGUGGAAAAGCGAAGGAAACAAGUUCAUACCUGGAUAUACAACAGAAUGUUGGUGUGGCAGUGUGGCAUUCGAGUUUCACGGCAAUCCAUUAGAUGCAAAAUAUUGUCAUUGCCGCCAAUGCCAACAGCUUCACGGAGCACCCUUUCAGUGGGCCGUCAUAUUUCCAAAGACAGCUGUGCGACUUAUCAGGAACAAAGACAAUAGCCUACACUUCUUCAGCACGGCAAUAAGCAAAGGCGAGCACUAUGUGCCGUGCAAGGUUUCCUGUGACGUAUGCCGUUCGUCCAUCUUCGAUGAAGGUCGGAACACAGUCUUAGCUUACCCUGGCUCAUUCCAUUUCAAAGACGGCCGCAUGCCCCAGGACUUCCACCCUACCGCUCACAUCUUCUACUCCCAGAGAACCGUGGAUGUACCAGAUGGAAUAUCAAAAUGGUCCGGACACAAAGGCUCAAGUCCAACGCAUCGUAUUGAGCUGUCUGUGCAGAGAAACGCCCGAGGACAAUUUGUACAAAGGCGAAAUCGAAUAAGGAUCAGAAUCGGAGACGAACCUCCUGAUGUCACAUCACCGAAUCUGCUCCCCGCUAUGCAUCCCUAUCACGGACAUUCUGGCUUUGACAAUCAGGUUCAGAUUGUACCCUAUUGCAGACAGUACUGUAUACAUCUGUACUAGUACCAAUCGGGAUCCUUUUAGUAUAUGUCGC